UAUACGUCAGAGCACGUCACCGGUUUCAGACGUUUUCGGUUUUAUUCUAUUUAGUUGUCACAGUGGCGGGUAUCUUUUCGGUCGUAUAUUGUUUAAAUUUUUAAAGCACUUAUAAAACACUUAUAACUAGUUUCUAUUUACUUCUUAUUAUUUUUGUGAAGUGACUAUUAAGGUUAAAAAAAAAUUAAAGAUUAGUUACGGUCAAGUGAUUGGGACUGCAGUUACAACUUAGUCACCUUUAAGUUCGGGGGUGGGCAUCAUGGACCAGAGUAGUAUUACUCCAAAUACAUCAAAUCAACAGUUGGUGAUAAAUGGGGAUAAUGAUUCAGCUACGGCACUGUUGCACGAGAAACAGUCGAGGAGGCGAGAUAAUUUGAGGGAUGUCAGCUUCAUCGAAUACAUGACAGUCGGAGUAUUGUGUUUUGUCAACCUCAUCAACUAUAUGGACAGGUUCACCCUGGCUGGCGUACUUGGAGAUGUCAAAAAAGAGUUUUCCAUUCGUGAUGACGAAGCCGGAUUUCUGCAGACGGUGUUCGUCAUCGCCUACAUGGUGUUCGCUCCCAUUUUCGGCUACAUGGGCGAUCGUUUCUCGAGGCGGACGAUAAUGGCCUUCGGUGUCGCGCUUUGGUGCAUCACAACAUUCAUAGGGUCAUUUAUAACUAACUUUUACCUGUUCGCGUUCUUCCGUGGAUUGGUGGGAAUCGGUGAGGCGUCGUAUUCCACGAUAGCGCCUACCAUUAUAAGUGAUCUCUUCGUCGGUAACGUCCGGUCUAAAAUGCUUGCAUUCUUCUACUUCGCCAUACCCGUCGGAAGCGGUUUCGGCUACAUUGUUGGGUCGGUGGCGGGUGCAGCGGCGGGAAACUGGCGAUGGGGUUUGCGUGUAACCCCCUUCCUAGGGGUUAUAGCUGUAGGACUCAUCGUGUGGGUUAUGGAAAACCCCGAACGGGGUCAGGCCGAAGAGAGUCGAAUGAAACCUACAUCGUAUGUGGAUGACCUGAAAGCACUCAUGAGGAAUCCGUCGUUCAUGCUGUCGACAUUAGCGUUCACGUGCGUGGCGUUCGUGACGGGUGCGCUGGCGUGGUGGGGACCGCAGUUCAUAUUCCUGGGACUCAGCAUGCAGCCUGGCGUCGAUAUCACUAUAGAGAGCGUGUCGUACAAGUUCGGGCUGGUGGGCAUGGCGGCGGGCGCGCUGGGCGUGCCGCUGGGCUCGGCGCUGGCGCAGCGCCUGCGCACGCGCGUGGCCGACGCCGACCCGCUCAUCUGCGGGUUCGCGCUGCUGGUGUCCGCGCCGCUCGUGUACUUCGCGCUCGUGGCCGUGUCGCACGUGGCCGCGCUCUCCUAUCUGCUCGUCUUCCUCGGCAUGCUCACCCUCAACCUCACGUGGUCCAUCGUCGCCGAUGUCGUACUGUAUGUAGUUAUACCACCUAGAAGAUCAACAGCCGAGGCUUUCCAGAUAUUGAUAUCACAUAUGUUCGGGGAUGCUGGAAGUCCCUACUUAGUAGGAGUGAUAUCCGAGAGUUUAAAGAAGUCACUAUCCCCAUUACCAUUCGAACCGCCAAGCCAAAUUGUGCAAUUUAAAGCUCUUCAAUAUGCUUUGUUUGUAACAUGUUUCGUAGAAGUUAUCGGUGGAAUAUUUUUCUUAAUAACUGCCAUUUACAUCGUCAGAGAUAAACUAAAAGUGGACAGAGCUAUCGCAGUUGCUUCAAAAAUUAUUUAGCCUUGAAGCAGAAGCUCAAAGUGCUGAACCAUCUCACAGUAACGCGCAAGAAGAUAAUAUCGAGGGUGAAUAGGACAAAGUGAAUCAUAUUGCUCGUCAGUCGUAUUAAUUCAAACAUGGAUCUGUGGGAGCUGUGAACUUUCACACUGGUAAGAUAUAUUUCGAUAAAGCUACGGGAACGUUAAUGUGUAUAAAUAUACGGUAUACCUCAUAUUAUAACAUAAUUUAUGAUUCGAUCGGAAUAUGAUAAAGAAGACUGAUUCGUAAAUGCACAGCACUUGAUCAAAGAGUAUGCGUUAUGGUAGUGAGAUAGCUUAGACAGUUAAGGUUUUGGAAACUUGGCAUCACAUUACCUACUGGUUAGGAUUAAGAAAUGAUGUGCCUGAAAUGAUUAUUCAAAAAUGUCUCGAAUUAUAUAAAAUUAUUUGGAUUAAAUUAUUUUACCAAAAUAAGCCUAAUGCCUGUUAUUAGGCAUUAAUAUUUAUCUUCAUUUGAAAAAUCAAAGAAAAUAUAGUAGUAAUAGUAGGGGAAAUUGUAUUUAAAUUACCUCAAGCUCUUGUGACACAAGAAAUAGAUACAAAGUUUUGUUUUAUUUAUUUUGUUCAUUUAAUAAGUAAUUUAAUUUAUGAUAAUUAUUUAUAUAUGCAAUUUUGAAUGGAAAGCUACUUAAGUGUUUGGAAUAAUCUGUUGUAGAUAUAUUCAUACAGUUUAACAAACUUGCCUUAUAGAACUUCCAUACUGAAUAGUUUACAUUUUAGGAAAAAUAUUAUUAUAUAGAAUAUUCAUAAAUACCUCUAGUAGCCUCCAGGUUGUCAAUUAAAGAGUUUUUGUUUGCGAGUUAAACUGUAUAGAAUAUCAAUCAAGACUGAAUUGUUUGUUUAAAAAUUCCUAAUAAUAAUAAAUUGUUUGUAAAUAUUGUGUAAAGUAUGGAAUUGAAAAUAAAUACAUAAUUUAUUUUU